UUUCAAUCUGUCUUCUGUUUAAAUAUGGCUGCGGUUAUAUCUGUGAUAAUCAUUCAUUCUUUGAUUCUUCUGUCAUCAGCCCAGGAUUGCUCAGAGUUUGUGGAGGCAACAUGUGGAUUGGAUGAAUACAAUAUCAUUAAAGUUGUAGUAAAUACAACUCCUUCAGAUUGUCAGACACUUUGUCGAACCUCUCAUCCUCCAUGCAACUAUUUCACUCACUACAUAGAAGAGUGUUGGCUGCUUAGGAACUGUACGGACAAAGAGGUUUGUCAGGGCUGUAUCAGUGGACCUGAGUCUCCGCCCAUUUUCAGUCAGUGCCCCUGGCCCCCCGCCCCAACAACAACAACAACAAAAACCACAACUACAACAACUACCACAGAUGCAUGCAAUCUUUCAUAUGACAUGAGCUGUGAGUUAACUGAUGAUAAUGUUGUUGGAUUCAAACACGAUAUUUCCAUAAAUAUUUGUCAGGAUUCGUGUCAAAAGGAGCCUGCGUGUAACUUCUAUACUUGGUUUAAAGAUACGAAGGAUAAUCUAAGUGCUCAGGAAGGUUGCUGGUUGGUGAAACAGUGUGAUGAAAGUAUUGAAUGCCCAGGCUGUAUUUCCGGUCCGCAAUAUCCGGAUCUAGAUUCUUGCAAUUUGUAAUUUAAUAGUUAUAAUACACGCACCUCUGACCCUUCAGUAAAAGUAAAUUCAACCUAAAGUCUGACCGCGUCAACCUUGUUGCACCGGCUAGUUCUAUUGAGUGUCUGUUUCAUUUACCCACUGACCGGUCGAUACAGUACAAACUGGGACCAGAAAAGUUGACCCGGCUCGGAAAUUCAAAUGUACUACGGGUGCCCGUGAAUAUAUAUAACUGUAAACAGAAUCCAUAACUAAAAAGAAUGAGAUAAUUUUGUUAACUUAAAUCAAAUCAAAUCAAAUCACAAGGGGCGGGGAUGACAAUGGGCUCCAGUAGUGGAUUGGAGGUUCAAGUCCUUUCCGUGUCCUGGUUUUUCAGCCUGGACUUCUUUUUAUAUUUACGAAGAAGUUACAACGACCGUUUACUGGAAGGCGCGAAGUUCCUUGCCACAUGACCAAAUUUGAGCCAUGCCUCACUUUUGGACCUCCUCCGUAGUUUUACAUAAAUUGUAAAAUUUGUUGUAAUCUUUACGAUGUUACAAUUUUAGCAAAAUUACAAUUUUUCGAAAUAGAAUCAUAACUUGUAA